AUGUGCGGCAUCCACGCGACUAUCGCGCCGACGCCAUCCCUCUGCGACCUCGGCCUCCCCCCAGAACUGAAGCGCUGUCUCGUUGCGCGGGGACCAGAUCAUUUCGGCCAGGUCGACCGCCAACAACACAUCCCCAUCGAUGGUAGCCACGAUGGUCCCACCGAGACGGAAUGGUCGCUGCGCUUCACGUCCACCGUCCUGGCGCUGCGAGGCGACCACGUCGCGCGCCAGCCGCUGACUGACCCGCGCACGGGGUCGGUGCUGUGCUGGAACGGCGAGGCCUGGCGGGUGGAUGGGCGGCCGGUUGAGGCGGGGGAGAAUGACGGGGAGGUGGUCUUUGCCCGGCUGGUUACGGCGUCUUCGGGCGGCGCUGCCGGGGUUGAUGCCGUGCUGGAGGUUCUGCGCGGCAUUGAAGGGCCGUUCGCGUUUGUGUAUUAUGAUGCGUCGGCUGGGAGGGUGUUCUUUGGGCGCGAUCGGUUAGGGAGGCGGUCGCUUUUGACGGCGUCAAUGGGAGGAGGGCUAGCGCUGUGCAGUGUUGCGGCGCCGGGUGAAGAUGGGUGGAGAGAGGUUGAGGCGGAUGGGGUCUAUGUGGUGACAGUGGGCGAGGUUGUCCCGGAACGGCAUGAUUGGGCUGUUGGGGAUGGUGCCGUUGACUUCGUCUCCGGCAUUGGCAGGUUCAAUCGUGCCCUGCCGUCUGGCAGCCAUCCUCUGACAAAGGAGUCGUCUUCGGUCGCCAGACUCAAAGAACAGCUGCUCGAGUCCCUGAGGCUGAGGGUUCUCAAUGUCCCGAUGCCCUCGGCUGCAAACGUCAACAGCCAAACACGCGUCGCUGUCCUGUUCUCGGGGGGACUAGACUGCAGCGUGUUGGCCAGGCUAUGCCACGAACUUCUCGCUUUAGACCAGGGAAUUGACCUGCUCAAUGUCGCUUUCGAGAAUCCCAGGGUGGUCGCACAACUCCAGAAGGAGAACAGCGACCUACCGGACUUCUAUGAGGCUUGCCCAGACAGAAUCACCGGAAGGAGAUCAUUUGCAGAGUUGCAACGAGUUUGUCCUGGGCGAGCCUUUAGGUUUGUGGCUGCACACCGCCAGCAGGUGAUCUCUCUGAUUCAUCCGCACAAUACCGAGAUGGACCUCUCUAUCGCAUAUGCGCUCUACUUCGCCGCCCGCGGCCAAGGAUCCUGUACCAAGAGCCCGGAGUCACUGUACACAUCCCCGGCUCGUGUCCUUCUGUCUGGCCUAGGAGCCGACGAGCUCUUCGGGGGCUAUUCUCGACACCCCUCUGCAUUUCAACACCGGGGCUCUGCCGGACUGAUGGAUGAGCUUCUACUCGACGUUGGCCGCCUGGGCAAGCGCAACCUUGGCCGGGACGACCGAGUUAUGGCUCACUGGGGCAAGGAGGUGAGGUUCCCCUUCCUUGACGAGCGCCUGCUAGGUUGGGCCAUCGGCACGCCGGCCUGGGAGAAGUGCGAUUUUGAGAACGGCGAAGAGAUCAGCGGCGUCGAAGCCGGCAAGAGGGUACUCCGCCUGCUUGCACUGGAGCUGGGCAUGGAGAAUGUAGCAAAGGAGAAGAAGCGCGCUAUUCAGUUUGGCUCCAGGACGGCCAAGAUGGAGAGCGGGCGGGUCAAAGGGACCACGCUGAUAUCAUAA